AGAACCGAUCGUUGGUACGAGAACGAAGAAACAACAAAUACCAAUUCGGAGAAAAAAGCUUAUUUUUUCUUAUGAAAUCGCAUCCACGGUUUGCCUGGGAAUAAAAGGAAUUAGAACAUUCGAUCAUCAAGAAAGAGCAUUGCAGGGUGGUUUUGCUUGCAAGACAUGGAUCCUGGUCGCUAUGGCCUUCAGCAAGGAUGGGAUAAUAACAGCGCUCUAGAGGGGUAUGGUGCAGUCCAUGAGCCUAACUACCGCAGGGGUGGUGGUUCAUAUGAUGAGAGGAGGUUUAUCAAUGACCGGUAUUCAAGGGAUAAUGGAUACCCAAGACAUGCCAUCCCCCGGAACAUUCUAGAGAGAGAGAACUAUCCCCCACCUCCUGCUGUUGAUGUUUGGCCUCAAUCAAGAAGGAGAAGUUAUGAAGAAGAAUACCCACUUGAUAGGGAGUCAAGGAGACAUGAGAGACCAUACUACGAUGCUUACCAUGAUAUAGAUGUUGUUCAUGGUCGGGAUGGCAACCACAGCAUUGACAACUACCGUGAUCACGGACUUGAUAGGGGUUCUAGGUUUGGGGAACGUGACCGUGAUGAUUAUGCAUAUGAUGAUUAUGACUAUAAGUCACACACUUCUUAUCAAAGUAGGGAGGCUAGCCAUGAGAGGGAUUAUGAAUAUGGUAGGCAUAGCUAUGAUUCUGAUUAUGAAAGGGGCAGCAGGAGAGAUGGCAAUUGGAGGAGGCGUGGAUCCCAUGAUCGAGAACAUGACAAGAGAGGUUUGAGUCAGGAAAAAUCUCAGAGUCCACAUAGACGGCAUGAACGAUCUCGGUCUCGUGGAUAUGAUGAUCGUCCUAGAUCAAGGUCUCCUCGGAGUCGAAGUCAUAGCCGAAGUCAAAGGGAGGACAGCUAUGAUGGUGGCAGGCAUGAGAGGAGUGAAAGGAGGAGGGAGCGUGAACACAAGCGUCAGCGCGGCCAUUAUGACGUGGCCCCAUCUGCAACCGUUGUUGUGAAGGGUCUCUCACAGAAGACAACCGAGGAAGAUCUUUACCAGAUACUUGCUGAGUGGGGACCACUUCGCCAUGUUCGUGUAAUCAAAGAGAGGAAUUCUGGCAUCUCCCGUGGAUUUGCCUUUAUUGACUUUCCUUCUGUGGGAGCAGCAUGCACAAUGAUGGAUAGGAUUGGGGAUGAUGGUCUUGUUGUUGAUGACAGAAAGCUUUUCUUUGAGUACAGUAAACCAACUGGGGGGGCAGGUGGGCCUUUUGGCCAAGAGAAAUCUGGUCAACACAGAAACAUCACAGUGCCAUCUGAUUGGAUGUGCACUAUCUGUGGUUGUGUCAAUUUUGCAAGGCGUACAUCCUGCUUUCAGUGCAAUGAGCCACGGACUGAUGAUGCACCACCAGCAGAUAUGGCUUUAUCAAACCCACCAUCCUCAGGAAAGAAAGGAUUUGAGGCAGGCCCAACUCAUGUUUUGGUUGUUCGUGGAUUGGAUGAAAAUGCGGAUGAGGAGAUGCUUCGCUAUGAAUUUUCUAAGCAUGCUCCAAUUAAGGAUCUUCGACUGGUUAGAGACAAGUUUACUCAUGUUUCAAGGGGAUUUGCCUUUGUACAUUUCCAUUCGGUUGAGGAUGCUACUAAAGCCCUUGAUGCGACCAAUGGAACCACUCUUGAGAAGAAUGGGCAGAUCUUAAGAGUGGCAUAUGCAAAGAGCAUUCUUGGCCCAGGGUCGUCAGGAUCAUCGCAGUCAAGCAGCUUAGCAGCUGCUGCGAUUGAGGCAGCUGCAUUUGCACAACAGUAUGAUGCUGUUGGCUGGGCACCUAAGGAAUAUAACCCAGAUGAAAAACAAUCUGUCAGUGGGCAGGAGCAAGCUGGUGGGGAGAUUACAGUCCAAAAGGAUGGUUCUGCUGCACAAUCUGCUUUUGUGUGGGAUGAAGCAUCUGGUUAUUACUAUGAUGCUGCUUCUGGCUUCUACUUUGAUGGAAAUACAGGUCUUUAUUAUGAUGGUAACAGUGGGGUUUGGUACACAUAUGACCAGCAAACUCAGCAGUACAUUCCUUACACGGAGAACAAUGAUAAUAAAGCUUCUGGUAAACAGUCUGAGAAUUCCAAGUCAUCUGAUGGCUCCAGUAACAGAAAAGUUGUAAUUUCUGCACCGGCUGCUACUAUUACAUCAUCUGUGGAGAAGGCUGCCUCAUUACAUGAUGCAGUCCAGGCUGCUGCUACAGCAGCAUUAGCUGCUGAGAAGAAGGAGAAGGAGAAGGCAAAAGAGAUAAAACUUGCUUCAAAGAGCAGUAUUUUGGCUAACAAGAAGAAAAUGAACAACGUAUUAACAAUGUGGAAGCAAAGGAGUCAUGAAGGACAAGCUACCCGUGUGGCUCUUGAUGAUAGUCACCCAUCUGUUCCAGCUGAUGAUAGGCUCUUUUCAGCUGGGCAAUCCACAAAGAGCAAGUUUAAAUCUGAUUCAACAACCACCAAGGAGAACAAUAUGUCCAGUUCAGGAGUUGCCGCAACCCCAUCUGCCCAAACUACUGGUUUGGAGUCUCCAGUGAAGCCAAGACCUGCGAGCAACAGUUCAGGAGGGACUUUGAUGGGGGUUAUAAGGGGCUCUGGACGAGGUGUUGUGAAGUCUGAUACUUCAUAUUCUAUACCAUCUGCUGGUGUUUCUACAUCCAAUGCUGUCAUGCCACUAACUAUGGCAGGUUCAUCAACAAAUUCUGAUACAUUUCCAGCCGCAACUCCUUUUAGGACAGAUGCAUCUGCGUUGGGCUCUUACACACCACCUGUUGCUGCUGUGAGUGGCAAGAGGAGAUUUUCUGAAAUGCCACUGCCUUCUGCUUCUACUCACAAGGAGCAACCACAGACUUCCUACAGGGAUCGAGCAGCUGAAAGGAGGAGUUUGUAUGGUUCAUCUUCUGUGGGAGAUGAUUUGCCUGACAUGGAUUCACAUCGGGAGUCUGCAUUCAAAAGGAGUGCUUUGGAUUCAAUGCCAUUCCCCCCUGGUGUUGGAGGAGGACGUGGGAUUGGAGAUGCGCAGAGCUAUGAGGUGAUUACAGCAGACAAGGCACUUGGCGAGAGCAAUGUAGGCAAUCGAAUGCUUCGCAAUAUGGGCUGGCAAGAGGGCUCGGGACUGGGGAAGGAUGGAAGUGGAAUGAUUGAACCAGUCCAAGCUCAAGCCAUAGAUAGGAGAGCAGGACUUGGGAGCCAGCAGAAGAAGUUGGAUCCUAGCCUUGAGGUACAAGCUGGGGAUAGUUACAAAACGCUGAUUCAAAAGAAGGCCCUUGCCAGGUUCAGGGAGAUGUCGUAGAUUAAAGGCUUAAGCUAUGAAGCAGGGGUUGUAGAUGUGCCGCGUAAGCUCUGACGCUGAGGACAUCGUGGUAUUUUGUGGGGCAAUGCAUUUAGGUGAUUUACUGUAGAUCAAAUUUCUUCUGUAGACUUGUGAAAAUUAAUCUAUAGAAAUUCCAGAAUCUUGUCUCAA